GCACCUUGACCUGAGAGGAAGAGGGACUGGCAGAGGAAGCCUCUCCUGGCUGUGGCUGACAAUAACAAGAACGGGUCAAUGCAGUGUAGAAACCGUAAGGGUCUGGCAGUAGGAUGUCUAAUUGUUAUCUCUACCGUGUCUGGCGUAAUCGCACUCAUACUCAGCCUGGUGGACAUCCAAACUGUGUAUCAGCCAUCACCUAACAAGUACGGCUUAGUGUUUGACGCUGGGUCAUCCCACACCUCACUCUACGUCUAUCAGUGGCCGGCACACAAGGAGAAUGACACAGGGAUUGUCUCUCAGAUCCACAUUUGUGAGGUUCCAGGCUCGGGGCUUUCUGCAUAUGCUGACAAUGCAGUCCAGGCCGGAGAGGUGUUGAAGUACUGUAUGGAUGAGGCUCUGUCUAUUAUCCCCUCAGAAGUACACAAGGAGACCACUGUGUUACUGGGAGCGACAGCGGGUAUGAGACUACUGAAGCUGCAGAAUGAAACCAAAACUCAGAACAUCUUCGACGCAGUGUCAAGAACACUCGGGACAUAUCCAGUGGAUUUCCAGGGAGCAAGGAUACUAGAUGGCACGGAGGAAGGGUCACUUGGCUGGAUCACAGUUAACUACCUACUAGGUACCUUCAUACAGUAUUCAUACUUAAACAGCUGGAUACAUCCCCAGCAAGCCCAGAUGUUUGGAGCCAUGGACCUUGGAGGAGCCUCUACCCAAAUGACUUUUCAACCCGCCGGUGACAUUGAAGACAAAAGCACGGAGAUGGUUUUCAGACUCUAUGGUUUUGAUUACAGUAUCUACACGCACAGCUACCUCUGCUAUGGCCAGGACCAGGCAUUGAAGAGACUCCUUGUGUACUUUAUAGAGAACAAGAGCAGUGGGAAUGUUAAACAUCCUUGCUACCCAAAUGGAUACACAGCCAACAUCAGUCUAUCCUCCGUCUACAAUAGCCAGUGUGUAUUAACUGCUCCAGAUGACAUAGGGGCCAAUGUUACAGUGGAGGGUACAGGAGAUCCUUCCGGGUGCCAGAUGGCAAUAAAACACAUUUUCAACUUUUCUGAAUGUUCACCUAAAUCGUGUUCUUUUAAUGGCAUCUACCAGCCGCCUGUACAUGGAGAAUUCUAUGCUUUUUCUGCCUUCUAUUACACCUUUAAGUUCUUGAAUUUGACUGAUGGACAGACCUUAGAUAUCACCAACAGUUCUGUCUGGAAUUUCUGCACCCGCGACUGGGAUAAGCUCAGUGCUAAUUUCCCUGACGAGAACAGGAAGCGACUGUUGGACUACUGCAGCUCAGCAAUGUACAUACUGACCCUGCUGGUGGACGGGUACAAGUUUGACAGCCGGACGUGGAACAACAUACAUUUCUCAAAGCAGGCCGGCAAUGCUGACGUCGGAUGGACUCUGGGGUACAUGCUGAACAUGACAAAUAGGAUCCCAUCGGAAGGCCCCAGUCUUCUGAAGGCUCACAGCUACAACCUCUGGGUGGCCGCCAUUUUCUUCAUCGUGCUGAGUGUGGCAGCAGGACUGGUGGCUGCUCCGCUGCAUUGUUACUUCCGGAAUGCUUGCUCAGGCCAAGGGGGAUUGGCAUGAGGCCAGAGCGCAGCAAUGAUGGAGCACGGAACAAGCACGACAAUAAAAAUGAACAUUAUUAAUUUAUAUGGCAUGUGGCUACUCUAAUUGCCCCACGUAGUAACUUAUUUUUGUUUUCUGUGAAUUUUGACCUGUUCUAUUAAGAUUUUUUUUUACUAUAAAAUUCUAUAAAACUCACUGGAGAAAUUUCAUGGGGACGGACUGUGAUCUAAAGCUCACAAUAAAAUAUUAUUCUGGACUAAGCUUUGGGGACUAAGUAUC